UGUGUGUGUGUGUGGUCUGAGGAUCGGCUGAGCUGUCAUGCAUUAUAGUAAAGUGACCGGAUAUUCAUAAUGAGCCCACAUCCUGCACACGAUGCAAAAGCACCAUCACCACCGUCACCUGUGGCCAUAACUGAUGCAAAUCACGGCAAACGCUUCACUAUAAAUCCCCGUCAAGGAACCUUCAAUCUGAGGGCUUCACCUUGCAGUGCGCAUCCUGCAGACAGCCUCCGGCCAGGAUUAACGCUUGUCUCAACAAAACAAACAGAUUGUUGAGCCGCAGCUGAAGGGAUAGAGUCUGACGACGUAUUGUGACGACUGGCAGGCAGAGAACGUAAGCAGAAACCUUGAGUGGGACUCCGAGAGAUAAAAGCCCUCGUCCGACCCCUGAGAGCUUCGUUUGAGAGCACAAACAAAACACUUCAGAGCUCCACAUAGACCGCUGAGUGCUACAGGAAGUUAUUCUCUUAAAGGUUUACGCCGCAGAUGCGUUUGGGGUAAAGAUUAUCAUCAUGCUUGGGAGGAUGAAAUUGGCCCUGUGGAUAACGACGGGUCUGCUGGCUGUCACCACGGUCUUCUUUAACGUCUACAUCUUCUUGAUGAGCCUGUGGCACUACAGGCACAAAAAGCAGUGGAGUCCCAGUGAGACCAUCAUCGUGGCUCUGUCUCUGGCCGACGUGGCUCACCAGCUGCUCACUUACUUCUGGAUGAGCAUGGACGGGGUGGACAGCGAGUGUCAACUCAACCAGACGUCCUACACCAUCAUGCUGCUGCUAAUCUACAGCCUCAAGUUCACCAUCAUGUGGGACACCAGCUUCCUCACCUUCUACUACAGCACCAAGCUGGUGAACACUCCCAACCGGUGCUACACGCAGAUCCAGGCCUCCAUCCUCAAGCACGUCACCUUGGCGGUGUUGGUCAUCCCUCUGUGCGGCCUCGGCACCUGCAUGCCUAUGCUCGCCGUGUUUCGCCCUGACAACCAAACGGUAGCCAACAGAGACUGUGGCGUCCUGGUGCCCAAAACCCGCUCUGGAAAGGUGUACGAAGCCACGUACCUGCUGCUCGCCGACGUCCUGCCGGGGGCCCUCAUGGUGAAAUGCUGCGUCUCCAUCUCCCUCCACCUGGCCAUCCAUCUCCGUCACAUGAAAGCCAGCACCAACGGAGCCCACGGCCCAAAGCUGGGCUCUCAGAUGAGGGUGAUCCAGAUGGCUUUAUCUCUCGUGGCCGUCUUCAUCCUCUUCCUCGUGGUCGACCUGUACGUCCAGUACCAGAUCGUGGUGUACCAGGAGAACAUCAUCAUGCUUGCGUUGUGCUUCACGUCCCUCUACACGACUGUCGCCGCCAUGGUUCUGAUCUAUGGGAAAAAGCCUUUCUGGAAGGCCCUGGUACACGAAUUCAACGUCUGCCUGGAUGAGUAUCCGUGUUUGUCGUGUCUGAAGGUGCCUGAACAGAAGGCCAAACGCAGCACUCCUGCAAAAGUUAAAAACUGAGAAGCCAGUUUAGCUUCACACAGGAGGUCUUUGUGCUCAAAUCAAUUGGUCAUUGUUUGAAUUUAUUAAAAACUCUGGAGAAACUUAUUCUUUUAUCUUUUGUGCUGGCAAUUUCAGUAAUGACUGCUGUGCCAUUACAAUUUCUUCUUACAUCAGUGAGGUGUUUCAGGAGACGUUAGAGCAGGGAGCUGAUGCUCACAUCACAGAGGCCAGGUAAGCAGCUUUCCGCCCAAAUCACAAGCUCAUCACCCUGUGCCCGUGAAUGAAUAUUUCAGAAGGACAAAUAAUAGUCAGGCCUGUAAAAUAGAUCCCCGAGCAUGGCUGCCUGGACACGAUGUAACUCUGUACCCAUCUAAAAAUGUUAAAAAAUACAUGCGACUGUGGUGAGAGCACAGAGCAUAUUAA